AUGAACAGAGUAAUGCAAGCACCGUACGAUGCUACCGUACGGUUCGCGCUGGCUUCGCUGGAGCGGAAUCUGCUGCCGGACGCGGUCGUGAGGCGGCUGACACGGCUGCUCUUGGCGAGCCGUCUCCGGUCCGGUUACAGGCCUUCCUCCGAGCUCCAGCUGUCCGACCUCCUUCAAUUCGUGCAAUCUUUGAAGGAGAUGCCCAUAGCCAUAAGGACUGAUGAUCCAAAAGCUCAACACUAUGAAGUUCCCACAUCUUUUUUCAAGAUGGUGCCUGGGAAAAAUCUCAAAUAUAGUUGUUGCUACUUCAAUGAUGAGUCACGCACAUUGGAGGAUGCUGAGAAAGCAACGUUGGAGCUCUACUGUGAAAGGUCACAGAUAAAAGAUGGUCACACUGUUCUUGACGUGGGGUGUGGCUGGGGAUCUUUGUCUUUGUACAUUGCGCAGAAAUAUAACAACUGCAAGGUUACCGGGAUCUGCAACUCAACGACACAAAAAGCUUUUAUAGAAGAACAAUGCCGGAAUCUUCAGCUGCAGAAUGUGGAGAUCAUCGUCGGAGAUAUCAGCACGUUUGAAAUGGAGGCUUCCUUUGACCGAAUAUUUUCGAUUGAAAUGUUUGAGCAUAUGAAGAACUAUAAGGAUCUUCUGAAGAAGAUAUCCGGGUGGAUGAAAGACGACGGCCUUCUGUUUGUUCAUCAUUUCUGCCAUAAAGCAUUUGCUUACCACUUUGAGGAUAAAAGUGAAGAUGACUGGAUUACUAGGUACUUCUUCAGCGGGGGUACAAUGCCCUCAGCAAAUCUGCUGCUUUAUUUCCAGGAUGAUGUUUCCAUUGUAAAUCAUUGGCUCGUCAACGGGAAGCACUACGCGCAAACAAGUGAAGAGUGGCUCAAAAGAAUGGAUCGGAACAUGGCUUCCAUAAAACCGAUCAUGGAGUCAACUUACGGCAAGGAUUCAGCCGUGAAAUGGAUGGUAUAUUGGCGAACAUUCUUCAUUUCCGUUGCAGAACUCUUUGGGUUCAACAACGGAGAAGAAUGGAUGGUUGUUCAUUUCCUAUUCGAGAAGAAAUGAAGCAAUCAAAACUCUGCUCUAACACGAGGCAAUGCCGAUGGAAAAUCGAGUGCAUCUUCGUUGUUCAAUAAUGCUUCCUUCAUCUUAACAUUGUAACAGCAGUCACCGGUCAGCAAUGUCAAAAGGAAAUCAAGAUCGUAUUUGUUGUUCUAUAAUGUGACUGUUGAGGGAUUGUAAAAGUGUAAACCCUUCAAAUUAUCAAACAGUUUGCUGGUUGAUCACA